AUGUUGGCCGCCGCGGGGUCCUCCGCCUCAGAUCGUAGCCCGGCUAUCCCGUCCCAUGCCACCGAUGCCUCCGUAUCGCCGGCGGCGUCGGUGUUCCAGCCCAUGCAGGCCGUCGAUGAAAUAUUCGACUAUGCAAACUUCUUAUGGGACGCUGGUGAUGCCUGGCAGCAGGUCAACCCUGAGCCAGGCCAGCAGAUGAGCCUUGAUGGGCAAAUUCUCAGGAAUCAGUUCGGGGUUCAGCCUCUUGGAAGCCGGCAACCGCCACUGAUGAGUAGCCCCCCGAAUCUCACCUUUCCAGAUCGAACGGCUAUGGAUGAGCUGCCCGACCCAUCGCCCAUGCCGGAUGCUGGCAGUCAGUCAGAGCAGGCCAUAUCUCUGCAUGAACCGACUGAGGACGACAAACUGAUGGACUACUUCAGCCGCGUCGUGGUACCACCUAUUCUCGCCGAAGUCGAGACGCAGAAGAAGUGGCUGGCCAUUCGCCAGGUUGUCGUCGACAUGGCGAGCACUUCUCAAAUGGUCAAGUGGUCGGUACUCGCCUUCUCGAGCCUGAUGCUCUCUCGUCGCGAAGGCUCCUGGCUGGCCAGUCUCGGGGACCAUUAUCAGAAAGCCGUGUCAGAGGUGGCCACCUAUGGGGAUGAAUCGUCACCCGCCGUCGAUACUCCCGGCUCACGCAGGGAGCAUUUACUCGCGACGCUCUUCUUCCUGAUUUAUGUCGACAUCCUUCGAGGACAGAUCAAGGCGGCAGAUUCGUUCCUCAAGCGGGCCUAUGGGCUGUUCCAGCAAGGCGAAAAGAGCAGCUUUGCCGCCAUCGAGAAGCAAUUUCUCCAGUGGAUGCGUUUACUCGAUGCUCGCGCCGUUUCCGCUGGUGGACAGGGCUUACUGCUGUCCAAGGACGAUGAGCUGCUCCUAGUCGAAGCAUCGCCAGCCAGCUUCGACGGAGGUGGUGCCGACUCGACAAGGGAAGACUUUGGAGACGGCGACAUUGAGGAUGUUUUGUUUCAAGUUCUCUAUCAGCCUGGCAUUGUCUUCUUUCAAAAGGUCCAGAGCUUCAUGGGUCGGAUAUCAAAGAUUGACCCCUGGCAUCGGUCACGUGGCACCGUCGAAGACGAGACGGAGGUUAUGAACAUUGGCGCCGCCAUCGCGGCCGAUCUGCGGACCUUGCACGAACAGCGGCCCCCGCUCAUGGACUUUGCCGUGGCGGGGAAGCUGACGGAGCCUCACGUCUCGCCACACCUCGCCUUUGUCAUUACGCGCGCCUUUCGUACCUAUCUUGCCAGCUACCAUGCAAGCAAAGUACACCUACAUAGAGUGGCAUAUAAAUCGUUUCCGUUGACAAAAGAAGCCACCGACGCUCUCCAUCAGGUCCGGCGCCUGGCUCGACUGCUCGUUGAUUCAUUGGAUGCGGACAACUCACUGCCAGUCAACAUGCUCUGGCCCUUAUUGAUGCUGGGGUCGGAAGAGCAGGACCCCCAAGAGCGUGUAUGGAUCAAGACACAGAUCCUGCGUAUGGAAAGGGUUGCGGGCAACGCGAAGAUCACAGCCCAGGUUCUGGAGGAGGUGCAGGCUAGGCAGGACGCCGAGAAGGUCCGGGUCGACAUUCGAUCGGUUAUGCACGCCAUCUUUGACUCUGGUUUUGCCAUAGUCUGA